AACAAUUGAGGACACAAUUGUGAACAGAAAAUGUAUUCUACCACUUGAAAGUUCCACGCAGAAUGCGACCCAAGAUUUGGCCCGCACUUCACCAAGCGGCCUGGCUGCUACUCGUAUGUCGAGGGCUGGUUGGAGCAGAGCGCGAGACUCCCGAUGACCAGGCUUUCUUCUCGGCAGAAAUAAGAGGUUUCCGCCACAAGAGGAAAAUGGUCGACUCCAUGUUCCUGUGGCCGAACAAAACUGUUCCCUACACCUUCCUUGACCCACCCGUGGACCGCGAAGCAGUGCUGCAGGGCGUGCAGCACUGGCAGCAGCACACUUGCCUGCAGUUCAAGCAGACGCAGGACACGAGCAGCCCUCACGUCGCCUUCAGGAGGCUCGGUGGCUGCCGCAGCGGCGUGGGCAGAGAGGCGCGCGGCCAGAACGUCUCCAUCGGGGACACCUGCACUCGGCUGGGCAUCGUUGUUCACGAAAUUGGUCACGCAGUUGGCUUUUAUCACGAAAUUCGUCGACCUGAUCGAGAUCUUCACGUGACCGUAAACGACAAGAAUAUUCUCGACGAGGAGCUCUUCAACUUCCACAAGCUUCAGUGGAUCGAUACUUCCAUUCAGUACGAUCUCUCCUCCGUCAUGCACUACACGCCAAUGGAGUGGACGGGCAAUGGUCGGGUGAGCGUGGCUACCCGCGAGCCGCUGCUGCAGGGCGUCUUGGGCGCCUGGAAGCGCGAGACGAACCGGGGCCUGUCGCACCGAGACAAACUGCUGGCCAACACCGCAUACCAGUGCAUAGCCCAGUGGUUGUCUGCCUGUGGAUUGCCAGUAGACCCCUGCCAGGGCGAGGGCUACACGGGAGCAGACUGCCGCUGUGUCUGCCCGCCUGGCACUGCCGGCACACUGUGCCAGCACACAACCGGCGGAUACUACGAUGACCUCCUGUCACCCUGCAGCAAGACUGUCGCCUACGACACCAUCAUCCGCUCCCCCAACUACCCCUACAACUACGAUAAGGAGACGUGGUGCGUGUGGGUGGUGCGCAGCGACGAGUGCAGGGCGCCGGUGCUGACGCUGCUCGACUUCGAGUUCGGCGCCCGCGACUUUCGCGGCCACUGCACCUCAGACUACCUCGAGAUCAGAGGGGACUCCCCGAGCGACGGGGAAGUAAUGUGUGGGCAGGAGAUCUCCACGGGGACCCAAUACCGCGCCCGUGGCCCCACGAUGGUCCUCAACUUCAACGGGGAGCUCGGGGGGCACCGGGGCUUUGAGGCGCGUCUCCACUUCGAGGACAUCGAGGGCUGCUGCCGCCGCAUCGUGAACGGGUCCUCCACCUAUGUCCUUAGCCCGGGGUAUCCUGCGCAACCCGCGAGGCCCUUCAGCUGCGCCGUGCAACUCAAGGCCAGUCCUGCAAUGCUUGAAGUGUUCCUGCAGCAGUCGCAGCAGGUACCUGCAGGAGAUGCGUGCCCUCUACAGCUGUGCCUACCUAACGGCAACUGCUCCAGGUACUGCGGAUCUGCAGACCCCCGUGAGCCCGUGGCAAUGCUGCCAAAUUCAGGGUCAGCCCACAUCUUGUCAGGGUCUCAGCCCUUGCUCCUCACCAUCACCACCGUCACCACGCCCUGCCAUAAGGUCUUCAAGCUGGGCGGACCUGGGCAUGAACGCUCUGGUUCCCUGGAGGUACUUGCUGAUCGCUGGACCAUGUGCGAGUACCACUUCCAGAGCCAAACCCCCGCGCAUGUGAUGCUGGAAAUAUCGUCGGCUCAGCUGCGGGGCGCCGGCGCCCUGCUGGUGGUGGACGAGGGGGGGUCGGGGGCGUACCCCCCCAGCAGCAGCAGGAGCUACAGCAGAGGGCGCGCCGUGCUGCCGUCCUACGUCUCCAGCAACGUCAGCGUCGCCGUCGCCGUCCAGGGAGACGUGGGCACCCGCGUCCUCAUCAGCUACUCAUUGUACGAGUGCCAGGACCAGGACGAUGAGUGCCAGUACUGGCAGCUGGACGGGGAGUGCCAGCACAACAGCGCCUGGAUGACGCGUCACUGUCCAGCCUCCUGCCGCGUCUGCAACACGUCGAGAUCGUGUCGGGACCAGCACCUGGACUGCGGGUUCUGGGCGCAGCACGAGCAGUGCACUGCAAACCAGCGCUGGAUGGCAGUGCACUGCGCCGCAGCCUGCGGACACUGUCCGGCCUGCGCGGACCUCAACCCGCAGUGCGCGAUGUGGGCGACGAGAGGCGAGUGCGCGCGGAACGCUGCCUACAUGCGCAAGCACUGCGCCUACACCUGCGGCUUCUGUGGAAAUUCAUCAAGCGAUGCUGCUGCAUCUAAGGGGAAUUCGACUGAAGUGAUUGCCAAGCGCGGAAGAGAUACGUCGAACGCCAACGCAAGCACGGCUGUCGAGUUGGAACUCGAUAUGGCCGUACCCCUCUCCCCUGACGAUGCUGUGAUCGUCACAAAAAUAACAACAAAUCAGCUAUUGAACAUCGUGCGUUCCGAUAAAACAUCAUCACGGAUGACAAACCCGGAGAGCAGUGAGCUGCAAACUUCGGAAAUGCUGACUGCCAACUUUUCUGGAAAUGAUCACCACAACGCGGGGUCAACAAUCAAGUUCGGUGAGAUCGAGACUUUUCAUUCUCUCGCGUUUGCAAAAGGGGAUAAUGAAACAAAGUUGACUCGGACUGCAACUGAGUCGAGUGAAAAUGUUAACCCAGGCUCGAGAUCAACCUACUCCACCAGAAGUUAUCACUCGAUUAUUCCAAACAAACGCUUGAGAAAUAAUCAGUACAACGCGAUGAAUGCUACUGACACAUCCAACCAUUGGCUGCGUCUUCAAAGAUUCGAGGAACUACCAACAAAUAAAACGCUUAAUCAUUCACAUGUAUCAAUCGUAAAUAAAAAAAGAAUUGCAGGGCCUAGACCAACAGAUCGAAACUCUGAGCGCACCAGAGACAAUUAUGCUCGUCCAACAGACCACAAGAUGAGAAAAGAUGAAUUUGUGAACGAAUCGAAUUCGGUGCUGCCGUCUCCAUACGAUGACGUGCCAUUUGGCCACAACACUGAACCCUUCUCUAAUGUGACAAGUCGUCGUCGUCAGGGGCAGGGAAUGCUCGCUUCGGGGGCGGUGACGCCGAGAACCUCGCUAGUAUUAAAUAAUACUAAACGUAGAUUUGGCACCAGCUGGCAUCAAAGUCGCCGGCAGUACAGUGGAGCUAAUGCAUCGAUAAACGAGGCAGAUGUUAAAAGGAACUUUAUUGGGCCACAAUUCGCUAGCACAGUCUCGCCAAGUUCUCCAAAGAAUGAAACCGUCGCUAUUGGAUUUGAAUAUACGGGAAAACUCGACCUAACUGGCGUGAGUCAGAACCUAGAAGGUGAUCAGAGGAAACUCGUUAUUUAUAAUGUUGACAAUGCGGAUAGCGAUUUUGAUGUUGAUAGCCACGAAUCCAAUAGCAGCUUUGGAAUUCUUCCUGUUGAAAUAAUAGCAACGAAAAUAAGCAUCAAGGCAAGCUCCAAUGACACCGCGAUUUCCUCCGGAGUUCGCAGAGAGCAGACAGAACGGAUGAUAAACAUUGCUAGUAACUUUCUCGAGAAGCUGCCGACUGAACCAGAGACGACUGCAACUAAAACCGUGGAGAAUGUCUUCAUGGACACAGCAGAUCCUCUAGCACAAGCCCUGGGGACGGAAAACCGCACGACUUCGGCCAAACUGAUUCCAGAAGCUUUUAUUGCCCAAGUUCAUCCAAAUGUUGAAGACAAUCUUGCUGCAGAAGUUGCUCCUGUUACAGCAACUGUUCCUUCAUGCGAAGUAGUUCCUUCAGCAGGAAUUGUUUCUUCAGCAGAAGUUGUUCCUUCAGCAGGAUUUGUUUCUUCAGCAGAAGUUGUUCCUGUUGCAUCAACUGUUCCUUCAGCAGAAGUUGUUCCUUCAGCAGAAGUUGUUCUUUCAGCAGAAAUUGUUCCUUCAGAGGAAGUUGUUCGUUAUGCAUCAACUGUUCCUUCAGCAGGAUUUGUUCCUUCGGCAGAAGUUGUUCCUUCGGCAGAAGUUGUUCCUUCAGGCGAAGUUGUUUCUUCAGGCGAAGUUGUUUCUUCAGAAGAAGUUGUUCCUUCAGCAGGAGUUGUUUCUUCAGCAGAAAUUGCUCCUGUUACAGCAACUGUUCCUUCAGGCAAAGUUGUUCCUUCAGGCGAAGUUGUUCAUUCAGCAGAAGUUGUUUCUUCAGCAGGAAUUGUUCCUUCAGCACGAGUUGUUUCUUCAGCAGGAAUUGUUCCUUCAGCACGAGUUGUUUCUUCAGCAGGAGUUGUUCCUUCAGCAGAAGCUGUUCCUUCGGCAGAAGUUGUUCCUGCUGCGGAUGUUGUUCAUGGUGUAAAAGUUGUUCAUGCUGCACAAAUUGGUACUGAUGCGGAAGUUUUUCCUGCUACAGAGUUGUCGAUACUUUCCGCUUCGCAAACUCCACCAACUUCCACCGUCUCGACCUUUAAGCCUCAACCGAAAUAUGCAGCGUCGUUCCUAAUGCCAUUGAUAAAUUCCAUUGCUGGCUCAGAUAAAUCGACGAACUCGCUGGAAAAAAUUAAUAGUACUGGGCCAUUGUCAACCCUUGAUCAAAAAUUGACAGAAAUUUUAACGAAAACAAAAUUAGAUACCGAGGUAAACUCUUAUGAAUCGUUUUGGAAAGAAAAUCAAGAAUUAGAUUUAUUGGAACGUGAUAUUUUCACAAUGAUACUCCCCACAUUAACUUCACCACCACAGAGUGGAACCGGACCUACUCUCCUGCCUUCUACAACACAAAUAACGCCACCUAAUUACACGAUUCCAAUGAAUAUUAAAAAUUCCUUCUCGUCAGUCGAGUAUAAAACUGCCGCCCCGAACGCGCAUCCCGAGGCGAUUUCCACAUCGACUCCCAAACCACCACACAUCCAAAUAAAUGAAAUGCGUGUGACUGAAGGGCAGUCUGAUGAAUUAACAAGAAUAAAUCGUCCAGUACAUGACCGCGAUCUACUAGCAACUAGCAAAAUGAUGCUCCCGGUUAAGCACGACCGCAUACACAGAAUCAAGAAUGGUAGAUUCCAGUCAGGAUAUAAUAAACAAGUUGAAGUUCAACAUAAGUUGAAGAUUCAUACGGGUGCCGAUGAAGAAAAUAUAAUAGAAAAUCAUGUAAAUGCCCACGAAUUCCUUACGCCCAUUCCCCUUAGUGACCACGAGAAGAUAAUCAAAGAAAAUUGGCACAGGUUUCAGGUUGGUAAAAGCGAGCCAUCAUCGUCUGGGGAUUUUUCCGAAUCAGGCUCUACCAAUUUCUCCGAGUCUGAAUAUCCUGAAAUGAAAUUGAGACUAAAUGUAAAUGAACAUUUUAAUGUACACGACAGCAAAACUGCUCUGGAUACGCAGCACAUGCGUGUCCUAAGUCACGUCAGGAGUAGGAGGAAUUACCUGACGUUCCUUAAAUCCUUCAUGAAUAAAGAAGCUGCUAUCGAUGAAUUUAUGGCAGUGCCCUUCUGUUCCGGAGUUAAAAGACAUCUACGCCAAGCUGGUCCACAGUUUUUGGCAUCGAUGAAAAACUUCAGGAGCCUCGUUAGAUACAACAAGAAAAGUUACAAAAGACGUUUAAAAUUUUACAAAAUGUUGGAGAGAAUUCUCAUGCCCAGAUUCAAAAGUGGUUGGGUUGAAAAGGAACCAAUUUUGAACAAAUUUUUCAGUAACAAACUUCGUAAAAAUUUACGUCGCCUCUAUCGCAUCAGGAAGAACAAACUCCGAUACUAUUUGUUCGCUGAUAGAAAAUUCACGUUAAAGCAAACGAGCAGCCGCGCGAGGAAGCUCAGGCUAACGAGGUACAUAAAGAAGUACGGACUUCGGAAAAUUUUCCUAGGAUAUCGACUUCGUUUGAUGAGCGCGCCGCUGGAUGGCCAUCCUCCGUUGCUGUGCAUCGCCGUGCGCAAGCGAGCGCGCCAGCGCCGCGGUCCAGACACACGGGCGAUGUCACCAUCGUCAUUAGUUCUACCAUAAUUCUGGUAUGGUCACAUGUAUGCUAUCGGCUGAAUUUUGUUCACAAAUUGUAGCUGUUACUGAUUAUAUAAUUAUCUAGCGAACCGAUGUACUAAUGUCUAUUUUCAGAAUUGGGCCUUAGAAAUAGCAAUUAGUUUUGCUAAAUUUUUCGGAAAUAGAUAAU